CCUGGUUUACAACAGCGCCGCACUUUCACUAAUUCAUUUCAUUUUUCACCAGCAGCCAGCAAAACAAUAACUAUGACAGCACCUGGGCCCAGUAGCUUUCCAGCAGACCCUAAAGAAUGGAAAUGGGAUACUAAGUCAAUCUGUGCAUAUUUAAAGGAGAAACUGGACUGUUUCUCUGAUUCGGAUGCCAAAGUAUUCGAAGAUUUGAAGUUCCAGAUCGUGUUGGACAGUGAGGCGUAUGAUGAUGAAAAGGUGUCAUUCUAUAUGGAAGGGGUCCGUAAAGGCCGAUCAGGGAUGGAGGAAAAUCUCCAGCAAGAAGGAAUAGGACCUGAGGCAUCGUUUGAGAUCAUACACUGCAUUGAAAGACUGUGGAAAAUUCCAAAGGAGUCCAAGGUGUUCAAUGACCCUAUACAUGGCCACAUUGAGAUCCCUGCUUUGCUGGUCCGCAUCAUCGACACUCCUGAGUUCCAGAGGUUGCGCAACAUCAAGCAACUAGGUGGAACCUACAUGGUGUUUCCUGGUGCCUCCCACAACCGCUUUGAACAUUCUCUUGGGGUGGCUUACUUAGCAGGUGAAUUAGUCAAAACCCUUGAACAAAACCAGAAGGAGCUGAACAUAUCUGAGCGAGACAUCCUCUGUGUCCAAAUCGCUGGUCUCUGCCACGACUUAGGACAUGGACCUUUCUCUCAUCUCUUUGAUGGCUCAUUCAAGAAGGUGCUACAAGAACAAACAAAUAGAAAAGAGAUGUCAAAAUGGCAGCAUGAAGAUGCUUCAGUUAAGAUGUUGCGGCACCUGGUUAAGAAGAACUAUCUGAAGGGAGUCCUGAGGCUGAAUGGCCUAAAUGAUUUGGACAAUGAUCUUGACUUCAUUGCAAGCCUGAUUAAAGGAGAGCCGAAAGAAAAUGAGAAAGACUUCCUGUAUCAGAUUGUGGCAAACAAAGACAGUGGAAUUGAUGUGGACAAAUGGGACUACUUUGCACGGGACAGUUAUCAUCUUGGCAUCGGCAAAAGUUUUGACCACGAACGUUUGCUGAAGUUUGUCCAAGUGAGAACUUAUAAUACAAAACGACACAUCUGUUUCAGAGAGAAGGAGGUUGGCAACUUGUACAACAUGUUUUACACAAGACACCUCCUGCACUGUAGAGCAUACCAGCAUCCAGUCUGCAAUCUCAUUGAGUACAUGAUAGCCGAGGCCUUUGUAGCUGCGAAUGAACACUUCAAGAUCCAGGGAAGUGGAAAAAAAGAAUACAUUCUCUCCACAGCCAUGGAGGACAUGGAGGCCUAUGCCAAACUCACAGACUCAGUCUUUGAGCAGAUUCAACACAGUCAAGAUGAAAGACUGGAAAAGGCAAAGAAAAUUAUCCAAAGAAUCACCUGCAGAGAGUUGUAUCAUUACAUCGGCAAGACUCAUCCCAUGGAACAAAAAAAAAACCUUACUAAGGGUAAUCUAGUAAAUGACCUAGUGAAGAAGCUUAAGGAGACAAAAUCUGGUGUGGAAUUCGACCCCAAGGACUUUUUUGUGGAUGUGUUCUCAGUCAACUAUGGCAAGGGGAAGGACAACCCACUCGACAAUGUUUAUUUCUACAACAAAGAUAAAAAGACACCUUUCACACUGAAACCAGAUAUGGUCUCUCUUCUCCUUCCACACACCUUUGCUGAACAGGUGUUCCGGGUGUACUAUAAAAAGAGAGCCAACCUGGAAACAGUCAAGAAGACUUGGAAAAGUUGGAUUACACCAUGGAUUAAGGUCAUGUGUGAAAGUACACCUCCACGUGCUAGCAGUAAACGUUCUUUCGCUGAUGGGGAUUUACUUCCGCGUAAACAACUAAAAUUCAACAAGUCUGGAUCUGAAGAGUCUGGAUCUGAAGAGUCUGGAUAGCAAACACAUUAACUGCACAAUUUGCAGCAUUAACCAUUUUCCAACUGCAUUAUUGAGACAGUUAUCAUUACAAGGCUAGGGGACUGCUUUCUAAUGAACACUUCACAUUUUCUAAUUAUGUUACAUUAUACAUUCAGUAUAUGUUAGUAUAUAA